AUGCAGUUGGUGAUCUGCGGGUUGUUCUACCCUCAAUACUUCAGCUGGCUGCCUCUGGAGGAGGAGAGUUGUGAGAAGGCUAUGUCCGGCCAUGACCCAAAGACAACCGUCAUGUUGUCAGCACUACCUCGUGAUCCUGUAACCCACAGUGACCAGAUCUUCAACAUCUGCGGCAAAGGAAAAGCACUUCACUUCGAGACCUUCAAUAUACUUGUAUUUAUAUAUUCUCCAUUACUUGGCCCCUCCUCCUCUCAUGUUAGAGUGUUUGUUGAGUUUGAGAGACCUCACUCGCACUCCCGAUCACAAUCAACCGACGCCCCCGUCCUGGAUGCUGUCCUCAUCGCACUCAAACGCCGACAAGAGAGGAACAAGCUUGCCCUCUAUAUUGAUGAGUCCCCUCUCCCCUCUUCACAGAGGAACGAGGACGUCCCUGUAAUUAGAGCCGGGGCACUGAAGGAGAUGAAGCUCCCUGAUAGUGGCACUAAGCAGAUUGUCAUCACUGAGUACAUUGAUGCUGGCCACUUCUGGGCCCAGUUGGCCGACCAGGUUGCCACGACGAACAUGAGACGGCUACUGGACAGUAUCAACACUCGUAGCCUUUGUCCUCCAGCCAAGAUGGAGAGCAUGUUCUGUCUUGCCCCUUUCUCUGAGGACGGGCUGUUUUAUCGAGCAAAGGUCGUUGGCAUGGAGGUUAUCGAGGAGACAAAUGAGGUGUAUGCCCAUGUGGUAUUUGUGGACUAUGGUAACGUGAAGAUGGUGAAUACUGGUGUACUGUGUGAACUCUCCUCCAGUGACACAGAGCUCGAUAUGCAGGCCAUCGAGUGUUUCCUUACGUCCGUCAAACCCACCAUUCAGAGCUCAUCUGAUGGCAAGUGGUCAGCUGAGGCAAACGACAGGUUCAAGCAACUCACAAUGAGCAAAUAUCUCAUGAUUCAGGUGUACUCUCAUGUGGGGAAUUCCCUACGUGUCGACUUGUACGAUACAACAAGCCAGGAGGACAUCUUCAUCAACGAGGUGCUUGUGAAGGAAGGUCAUGCUGUCCACUGUGAGGAGCCCUACCCCUUGAAGUUUGCCCACGUUCAGACUCUAGCAGCUCAGGCGUCCGAGGCCUCGACCAGUGUGGGUGGUAGAGGAGGGAGGUACGAGUCCAGCACCACCAAGACCAUCCCCUGGCUGGAGGAGGACAGGACCAAGAAGUACCCCAGAGGCAGGAAGUUUGAGCUGAGAGGUCCUGACAGUAUGUACAAGGUGACCUUCCACCAGAUGACCAUUGCCGGGGGAAACCGACAGGCUCGCAUCGAGCGAGACUCAGUCAACUGUAUCGUGGUCAACAGUGAACCACAGGACCGUCGUGAUAGACUGAUGGUGGCAGGCUAUGUGGCGUUAAAUCCCUCAGGCAAUACAUGCAUCGCUAGACACACCACCCUCAUGCCCAACAUCCCUGCACUCCUCCACUUGGUCGCCAUUUUGUUUGCACCCUGUGUUGAGAUCCAUGCGUGUAUGCAGAUCUAGUUGAACAUCUUUCAACAGCCAUUAACUUUAGUUCUGAUGGUCCAAUUUCAAAAAUGUUAUGAUUUUCUGAAAGCUUAGAAAGAGACCUUUCAAAUGAUGUGUUUCAAUCCAAAAUUUAUUUGGGACCCUAAUUUGGCAUUUUUCGCCUUUGGACCAUGGGCAUGGUACAGGGUUUUGCAGAAUUCUUGCAACAGGGCUAAACAGACACAGCAAUGACUUCCAUAUAUGGAAGUCAAGUCAACUGCUGACUUAAAAUAUUGUGUGUACUAUGCAGGGUGUCAUACUGCUCAUACAGAGGAGGGAUAUGAUUAUAUCCCUCCUCUGGCUCCAAUCCCCCCCCCCCCCUAAAAUGUGCAUUUAGGUACUCAGUUGUGUUUGAGUGUCCAUAGCGGUAGGGUAUCGAAAUAACUGUUGACCUUUUUUUUUUAUGUUCUGGUGAUGUUUCAAAUGGUAAUGUUUGAAAGUCCCCUCUCUAAUUGCAAUCGUAUGACACUCUGGUAUGUGUAUAAUUAUUUGAAUGGCUUGAAUUGAAAGUUGUCCUGUGAGCCUAAAAGAGAGCAUCACAAGAUCAGGAGGACAUCCUGACAAGAUUUAAGGUGGUGCAUGGACGGUGUACCAGGUGGAAAUGUCGUAAAGUUGGUGACAAGACAAUUUGCUUCAACUGUGUGCAGAACUGUUGCUCUUUUCAAUGACACCCUGAUAAGCAUUUCCAUGGUGCACCACCCACCACCUUAAUUAAAUCUUGUGAAUAAGCUGAUGCUCUCUUAAUUAGAUCUGUAUUAUUAUUUUUAUUAGAGGCUUAGAAUUGUAGGCUUUAUUGUAGGAAUAGUUGAUACAAUUACUAAGUAUGCUGUUUAGGCUUCAAGUAUACACUUUAGAAUGCUAGUGGUAUGCACAAUAUUCGUUUGCUUACUGCAUGGUUUCUUUCCUCGCCAUUUUUAAAGGUUCCAUGUGCUUUCUGGGAUCACAUGAUUCCUUUGUUAGCUAUUUAUUGCUGUGAUGCUCUUUAUCAUGUGGGUACUGUGUGGGACUGCAGGGGCUAGGGUGUCGUGUUCCUCUAACCUUGUGGUUAUUGUGUUGUAUUG